CAAUUUCAUCACAAGCAAACUUUUUGUAUAUCCAUAGAAGGGCAACUUAGCAAAACAAAAGCUAUGGUCUUCAAUAUAACCUCCAUUAAAGCAGCUUCUAAUGGUGCAUGGCAAGGAGAUAACCCACUGAAUUAUGCUUUUCCUCUCUUGAUCAUCCAGACAACUUUAGUUUUACUUGUCAGUCGUUCUCUUGCUUUCCUUCUUAAACCUCUCCGACAACCGAAAGUCAUCGCUGAGAUAGUCGGUGGAAUUCUAUUGGGACCGUCGGCAUUAGGAAGGAACAAAGAAUACCUAGACCGAAUAUUUCCGCAUUGGAGUGCGCCCAUACUCGAAACAGUAGCAAGUAUAGGACUACUAUUCUUUCUAUUUCUCGUCGGUUUGGAACUCGAUCUGAAUUCCAUACGGCGAAGUGGUAAAAGCGCUUUCAGCAUUGCAGCUGCUGGAAUCUCACUACCAUUCGUAUGUGGAAUCGGAGUAGCAGUUGUUCUUCGAAAAACUAUCGAUGGAGCUGAAGAUGUUGGUUUUCCGCAGUUUGUAGUUUUUAUGGGAGUAGCUUUAUCAAUUACAGCUUUUCCUGUGCUGGCUCGAAUAUUAGCCGAAUUAAAAUUAUUAACAACUCGAGUUGGUGAAACAGCUAUGGCUGCAGCAGCUUUCAACGAUGUUGUGGCAUGGGUGUUGCUAGCCUUAGCUGUAGCUCUAGCUGGUAACGGAGCCGCAGGUGGACCUAAAAAAAGUCCACUUGUUUCUGUAUGGGUAUUACUAUCCGGUGCUGCUUUUGUUGUUUUCAUGAUGGUCGUCAUUAGACCAGCUAUGGCUUGGGUUGCUAGAAGAUGUUCACCGGAACAUGAAGGCGUGGAUGAAGCUUAUAUCUGCUUGACUCUAGCCGGGGUUCUGGUAUCGGGAUUUAUGACGGACUUAAUCGGAAUACAUGCAAUUUUCGGUGCAUUUGUGUUCGGACUAGCAAUACCAAAAGAAGGAGUAUUUGCAGGAAGAUUGAUUGAAAGGAUAGAAGAUUUCGUUUCGGGUUUACUUUUACCACUGUAUUUCGCGUCAAGUGGGUUAAAAACUGAUGUUACUAAAAUCCGUGGCGCUGCUUCAUGGGGAUUAUUGGCACUUGUUAUUGCUGUUGCUUGUGCAGGGAAAAUAUUGGGUACAUUUACUGUAGCUCUGAUGAAUAAGAUACCUGUUAGAGAAGCUUUAACACUUGGUUUGCUUAUGAAUACAAAAGGUUUGGUGGAGUUAAUUGUCCUCAACAUCGGCAAAGAAAAAAAGGUCCUGAACGAUGAGAUAUUUGCGAUCUUAGUCCUAAUGGCCCUAUUCACCACAUUCAUGACAACGCCCACAGUUAUGGCUGUUUACAAACCUGCGCGUGGAAUAUCUCCAUAUACUCGAAGAAAACUUCAGUCCGAGUCGUCACCGACCUCUGCUUCUAAAGACAAAGUACUUCGUUUACUUGCUUGUGUUCAUGGACCCGGGAACGUCCCUUCACUCAUUAAUCUCAUUGAAUCAACUCGUGCAACCAAGAAAUCCCCACUUAAACUCUACGUCAUGCACCUAGUCGAACUCACUGAGCGAUCAUCCGCAAUCAUAAUGGUUCAACGCGCUCGUAAAAACGGAUUUCCUCUCAUUAACAGCAAGAAACAUAGAAAAGGCGAGUCACAGGACAGAGUUACUAUCGCUUUCGAAGCAUACGGUCAACUUGGGCGAGUCGAUGUUCGGCCCAUGACUGCCAUAUCAGCUUUGCCAACCAUGCACGAGGAUAUUUGCCACGUGGCAGAAGAGAAGAGGGUGACGAUGUUGAUCUUACCUUUCCACAAACAAGGUCACCGACGGGAAGAUGGUGACGUGGAGAUGGAAAAUGUGGGACCAGGUUGGAGAACUGUUAAUCAAAAGGUUCUAAAAGAUGCACCUUGUUCAGUUGCGGUGUUUGUGGACCGUGGAUUAGGCAAUGGGGGCCAACAAACACCAGGACCUAAUUCUUCGUCUGUUAAUGUUGCUCAAGGCGUUUGUGUAGUGUUUUUUGGCGGACCAGAUGAUCGUGAAGCCUUAGAAUUUGGAGGACGAAUGGCUGAACACCCUGGUGUAGCUGUAACGGUUGUACGAUUUGUCGAAAAAGACGGAAAUGAAAACAACGGCGUUAUUCUAAUGCCAACACCCGAUAAAUGUACAGAUACAAAUUACAGUUUCUCAACAGCUGUUAUGGAUCGAGAAAGAGAACUGGAGCUGGACGAGGUUGCCGUGGAAGAAUUUCGAAAAAGAUGGAAUGGAUUAUCAACAUACGUAGAGAAAAAAGCAAGUAAUGUAGUAGAAAGUGUACUAUCGAUUGGAAAAAGCGGUGAAUAUGAAUUAAUAGUAGUGGGAAAAGGUCGAUUUCCAUCGACGAUGGUAGCAAGUUUAGCAGAACAUACCGCUGAACAUGCAGAAUUGGGACCAAUCGGAGAUAUUUUAGCUUCAUCAGGAGGUGUGAACUCAUCAGUUUUAGUAAUACAGCAACAUGACGUCGUUCAUACUAAUGAAGCUCCUGUCUCGAAGGUUUUUGUUAGUGAUCAGCAAGAAGGCUCGACUAGCACUAGUUAUACUGCAUCUCCGUUGAAAGAAAACCAUGUCCCUUCUAGUUUGGUGUGAUUAUGGUAGCAAAUUAAAUAAAAUGUGUAAAUGUAAAUAAUGGGGUUAACCAAAGAACCGUGCUGUAGUAUUAAUUCAAGGUUCAAUUGGUUGGUAAGGAACUGAAAUCAGAAGUUACUCUGCUUGUAAAAUUUUAUAAAGGAUGAAAAUAGUGUUUCUUUCGUCUU